UCUCCUUGGAAAGGUGUUCUUGUGAUCACACACAUUACAGAGUGACCCCCCAAAAAAGAAAGGAAAAGGUUGUUAGGGGACCCAGAUUGAGGGGCCGGCGAAGUUCUGCUUUUUUGUGUCCGGGGUCGGAGCCCGUGCGCAGGUGCAGCGCUCAUGUUCAGGGGCUGGAGCAGGUUGGCCGGCUGGACUGUGUGUCUCACUGAACUGAAGCACUUUCCAGGAUUUCAGAAAGGGCGCUUUCAGUCUGUUGAUACUGAAAACUGAAAUUUGCAUUUAACUGACGAGUGUGAGAAAUGUCCCUGAGAAGGUCACUGUGGCUCGGGAGCUAAAUAAGUGAGAUCAUACAGGGAAGCGGGCUGGGGUCAUGGUUGUGCACAGGCUCCCAGCAUCCUGAGACGUGUGUCCCAUUAUCUCAGCAGGAGAAAAAAAGAAAAAAGGUGCCGUAGUAAUAAUGUUGAAAUGGGGCUGGAGAUGUGCACGGGGUUGGUUUAAAAAGGUCCUUAAGCUGCCUCGGGAGGGAAAGGUUGGGGAGGGACAAAUAAAAGUCCGGCUUCCUGCAUAGCUCGUGGCCUGAGGGUGCUGUCCGUCUGGGAGCGGGGCGCCAGCCCCAGACAGAAGUGCUGCUAGCCCAGAAAUACAGUAGAAGUCCAUAUGCUGCGUUUUUCAAUUUCUGCUGUUAGAAAGUUUGGGGGGAAAAAAGGGGAGACUUUGAAGUAUUUUGUUUAUACUAACAGAAGAGAAAAGUUCUCCUAAGAAAAAAGCUGGUGGCAGGAGUGUAGAGGAGUAGCAUAUGGCAUUAAAAGGAGCACAGCUGGAGGUAGCAUUUCCAUCUGAACAUGAUGUCAGAGCAGCUGACAGCCUGCCAUCUCUCAGCCUUUUAUUCUAACACACAGACAGGGAGCCAGUGUGUGCGGAUCUGUGGUGGAGAAGGUAUCUCAUUCCUCCCUAACAUCAUCUCCACUUUGCAUCUGUCUCUCUUAGUCUGCUUUUUUUCCACCGAUGUAACAGACCUGGAGCCAGCAAGCCUCAGAGGAAAGGACUUAAUCAGGUUUAUGUGUCCGAAAGGUUAUGAAGACAGCAUGGAGUUCCCAGACCACAGCAGACAUUUGCUGCAGUGUCUGAGCGAGCAGAGGCACCAGGGCUUCCUUUGUGACUGCACGGUGCUGGUGGGAGAUGCCCAGUUCCGCGCGCACCGCGCCGUGCUGGCUUCGUGCAGCAUGUACUUCCACCUCUUCUACAAGGACCAGCUGGACAAAAGGGACAUUGUUCAUCUGAACAGCGACAUUGUUACCGCCCCGGCCUUCGCUCUCCUGCUUGAAUUCAUGUAUGAAGGGAAACUCCAGUUCAAAGACUUGCCCAUUGAAGACGUGCUCGCAGCUGCCAGCUAUCUCCACAUGUAUGACAUUGUCAAAGUCUGCAAGAAGAAGCUGAAAGAGAAAGCCACCACCGAGGCCGACAGCACCAAGAAGGAGGAAGACGCCUCGAGCUGCUCGGACAAAGUCGAGAGCCUCUCCGAUGGCAGCAGCCACAUGGCUGGCGACCUGCCCAGCGACGAAGAGGAGGGCGAAGAGGAGAAACUGAACAUCCUGCCCAGCAAAAGGGACUUGGCCGGCGAGCCCGGGACCAUGUGGAUGCGCUUGCCCUCGGACUCAGCAGGCAUCCCCCAGGCGGGCGGGGAGGCCGAGCCACACGCCACAGCAGCUGGAAAAACAGUAGCCAGCCCCUGCAGCUCCACCGAGUCUUUGUCCCAGAGGUCUGUCACCUCCGUGAGGGAUGCGGCAGAUGUUGACUGCGUGCUGGACCUGUCUGUCAAGUCCAGCCUUUCGGGCGUUGAGAAUCUGAACAGCUCUUAUUUCUCUUCACAGGACGUGCUGAGAAGCAACCUGGUGCAGGUGAAGGUGGAGAAAGAGGCCUCCUGUGAUGAGAGCGAUGUUGGCACUAAUGACUAUGACAUGGACCAUAGCGCGGGGAAAGAGAGUGUGGGCGCUACUCCCAGGGUCCAGUACGAGCCGGCCCACCUGGCUCCGCUGAGGGAGGACUCGGUCCUGCGGGAGCUCGAGCGGGAGGACAAAGCCAGCGACGACGAGAUGCUGACCCCGGAGAGCGAGCGCGGGCCGGUGGAGGGCGGCAUGGAGAGCAGCCUGCUGCCCUACGUCUCCAACAUCCUGAGCCCGGCCGGCCAGAUCUUCAUGUGCCCGCUGUGCAACAAGGUCUUCCCCAGCCCGCACAUCCUGCAGAUCCACCUGAGCACGCACUUCCGCGAGCAGGACGGCAUCCGCAGCAAGCCGGCCGCCGACGUCAACGUGCCCACCUGCUCGCUGUGCGGCAAGACCUUCUCCUGCAUGUACACGCUCAAGCGCCACGAGAGGACCCACUCGGGCGAGAAGCCCUACACCUGCACCCAGUGCGGCAAGAGCUUCCAGUACUCGCACAACCUGAGCCGCCACGCCGUGGUGCACACCCGCGAGAAGCCGCACGCGUGCAAGUGGUGCGAGCGCAGGUUCACGCAGUCGGGGGACCUGUACAGACACAUCCGCAAGUUCCACUGUGAGUUGGUGAACUCCUUGUCUGUCAAAAGCGAAGCGCUGAGCUUGCCCACUGUCAGAGACUGGACCUUAGAAGAUAGCUCGCAAGAACUCUGGAAAUAAUUUUAUAUAUAUAUAUAUAAAUUAUAUAUAUAUAUAUAUAUACAUAUAUAUACAUAGAUCUCUAUAUAUAUAGUUGUGGUACGGUCUAAAAGCAGUCUUGUUUCCUGGAACUAAAAAGUUGGGAUAUUAACUUGUUUUUGCACUUUAGAAUAGCAUGAGAAUCUCACUAACUUAGCAUCCUGAUAAAAGAAACUUUAGGGCGAGUCAGAAUAGAGAGGUGUUUUCUCUGAGGGGUAGGGGAAGUAAGCCAAUAAGAACCUUUGAAACAAAUCGUCCUAUCGCAGAAGGCGUGCAUAGGGCUUCAUUUUGUCAACACUGCAUUGUCUCGAGGUCCUUCCCCCCCACACACUUUUUUUGUUUGGAAGUAGAAAUUCCCUCCAGUUUUAUUAGCCUCUUUCUAUGUCUCAAAUUGCAUGAAUCUUUUCUGGCUGUUGGAAACGGGAAUGCUUUUAGACCCAAAUGGAAAAUUUCUGAAAUGCUGGAUUAUCUAUUUUUAAACAAGCAGUUGACUUAAAACUUUCUGUGGCAACUUCUGGUUUCCUGACGGUUCCCAGUGAGAGCAAUGAUGAGCGUACACUGGGUCACUGGGACCCUGUCUUUGUGAAGGUUUGCUGGGGAUGAAGAGGAUAGUGCAGCUUCAGCAGUGUUGAACUGUGUUGAAAAUGUGAAUUACUGUCAUUGUAUACUGUAAUUGAUUACACGGGCUGGGGGGGGUGUCAAAGAACUUGACAGGUUGUGUUGAUGCUCUUAGUUGAGUCUUGAAGAGUAAAUAUUAACGCUACAGAAAUGCAUGAGUUUCGAUAUAUUUUUGUCUUUGUUUGCAUUGUAUAACUUUAACGAGUGAGUUUAAAAUUAUUUAAUUUCCUUAGAAAAAAAAAAUAGCACCAUUCGGAAAAUAACCUGGUGUUAUGAAGAACGUAAAUGCACUGUUUUUAUUUUUAUUUUAUAUAAUUUAAAUCGACUUUCCCACUGUUUUUAAGUUGAAACUGUUAAGCUGAAUAAAAACGUAAGCUGCAAAUUGAUAACUUCGCUACAUAACAAGGAAAAUAUAAAUGUUUACAAACGGCUUAAAGAUUUGCAUGUGCAGUGUGCAUUUAUAACAAACUUCUGAUGGCACGGAACCCGCGCCGGCUCCAAGUUUAGGUGUACCCAUUUAUACCCAGUUGAGCAUCUUUAGAAUAACUACUGCACAAAUUGACAAUAGGUCAUUCUUUUUUCUUUUGCUCCCCUUCUUCCUCACCCGCCCUCCCUAUCCCACCUCCCACCCCCUCCCCCAACUCAUGAAAAGAUUCUAUGGACUGAAAAAGCCCCAGGCUGAAAGGACUGGACUGCCUUGAUUGACAUGGGGAAGGGGGUUAGUAGACUAUGGAUCGCGGCAGAGGCUGCCGCCCAGCGUGCGCUGUGGUGACCACGCGGGCAAGAGCAUUUUGCACAGUGUUUGUUUUCCUGUCUUGCACUUACAAAUAAGGUCUAUGGGAGUAGCAUGGAAAACGUUUGCUGUUUUUCCCUUUUUUUUUUUUUUUUUUAAUUGCUUUUGUUUAAAAUUUGAUCGCCUUAACUACUGUAAACAUAGCCUAUUUUUGUGCUUAAGAUACUGAAUGGAAAACUCCAUUGUGUGUUGCUGGACUGUUUUGGAAAUAUUUGGUCAAAUGUGUGUUAAUUUGGCUGUAAUGGCAUUUAAAGCAAACAAACAAACAAACAAAAAAAAGCUGUGAAAAUGGCCUUGGAGCAUUAUCUUUAGUUACUUGAAGAGUUUCUAGUUUUGUUUUGUUUUUAAAUACAGUUUAUGUUAAAGUAAUUUUUAUUAAUUUAGAGAAGACAAUCAAUGUCUGUGAGAAAACGGACUUUCUUUUGAAUUUUCUUUUUGUGGUCAUUGUGAGUGAUUACUUUUUCUUCUUAGUUUCACCUUCUUCCUUUGUUCUAAAACUUAGACUGACAUCUAGCUUUGACAAUCAUAGUAUGUUUUAUUUUCCUGAGGGGGGAAUAACUUAUAAUGCUGUUUAGUUUUGUACUGUUGGUGUGUUGGUGAAUUUUUAAACUGUGUGCUAACUGCAAUAAAUUAUAUGAACUCAG